AUGACCUUCGACCUGCUUCCUGAGGGAACUCCAGUCGGAGUCCAUCUCUCAACUGGGCUCGGUGAGGGCAGAGGAUGGUCGGAAUCGGAGGAUCAUACCAACUUAAGGCGAAGUGGGAAAGUGGCGUAUUCCUGCCAACCUGUUGUCGAAAAAUGCUCGUGCGAGCGCUUGAGGCUUAAACCCACCACGACUUUUGUGCAUCACAGCCCUCCAUUUGGCCAGUUUGAAGCCUUACAUCGACUAACCUCAUCCCGACUAGUCUUACACCGACCAACCUCAUCCCGACUAGCCUUACACCGACCAACCUCAUCCCGACUAGCCUUACGCCGACCAACCUCAUCCCGACUAGCCUUACACCGACCAACCUCAUCCCGACUAGCCUUACACCGACCAACCUCAUCCCGACUAGUCUUUACACCGACCAACCUCAUCCCGACUAGCCUUACACCGACCAACCUCAUCCCGACUAGCCUUACACCGACCAACCUCAUCCCGACUAGCCUUACGCCGACCAACCUCAUCCCGACUAGCCUUACACCGACCAACCUCAUCCCGACUAGCCUUACACCGACCAACCUCAUCCCGACUAGCCUUACACCGACCAACCUCAUCCCGACUAGCCUUACACCGACCUACCUCAUCCCGACUAGCCUUACGCCGACCAACCUCAUCCCGACUAGCCUUACACCGACCAACCUCAUCCCGACUAGCCUUACACCGACCAACCUCAUCCCGACUAGCCUUACACCGACCAACCUCAUCCCGACUAGUCUUUACACCGACCAACCUCAUCCCGACUAG